GCUACCAAGAUGCCAUUCGCACAUUUUUCUCGCCUCAUUAUCAGUUCUUUCACGCCAAUAGUGAAUUGUCCCGCAAACUCGAACUCAAACUCAACCUGACCUCAACACCCUCCACCUCUUACUCACUGCCACUAAACGCCACUCUAUCUAUACUCACUUUUUAAAUACCCAAUGCGCUUAUCGUCCUUAUCCAAUUCCCUUCUAUUCUUGCACCCAAAACCCCCGUUUCCAAUGGCCAAUCUUACCACCACCAUCGCCACUUCCACUCCAAGGGCUCGUCUCAAGGGCAUCGUCUUCGACAUGGACGGAACCCUGACAGUCCCCGCCAUCGAUUUCGCCGCAAUGUACAAGGCUGUGCUCGGCGGCGACGAGUACCGUCGAAUCAAGGCGGAGAGCCCAUCCGGUAUUGACAUCUUGCACCACAUUGAGAACUGGAGCCCCGAUAAGCAGCAAAAGGCCUACGAGACCAUCGCCGAUUUUGAGCGCCGGGGUCUCGAUCGCCUCCAAAUCAUGCCCGGUGCAGCGGAACUCUGUGGCUUUCUUGAUUCAAAACAACUAAGAAGGGGAUUAAUCACUCGCAAUGUUAAGGAAUCUGUUGAUUUGUUUCAUAAACGGUUUGGGAUUACAUUUUGUCCAGCUCUUAGCAGGGAAUUCCGUCCUUAUAAACCAGAUCCAGCACCCCUACUGCAUAUCUGUUCGGUCUGGGAAGUUCUACCAAAUGAAGUAAUGAUGGUUGGCGAUAGUCUUAAGGAUGAUGUUGCUUGUGGGAAGCAAGCGGGAGCAUUUACCUGCUUGCUUGAUGAAACAGGGAGGUAUGACUCCCCUGUUUAUGCUAAUGUGGAUCUAAAGCCAGAUUUCAAGGUGUCUUCCCUUAAUGAAGUUUACUCACUAUUGAAUGAACAUUUCGACCUGGCGCCAUAAUGUCCAAAGCUUUUGACCGCAAGGACUAUGAAACUCCAAAAGGAGAAACAUUAGCUUGUCUUUAUGCAGGGAAGAAGUUGAUGUUCGAUUGUCAGAUCUUGAAAGGAACAACGGAGAUUUGACCACGAAGGUAGAGGAUAUUGACAAUAAGUGGUAUUAUUUAGCAAAAUAUGAGGGUUGGUCUUCUGUCCAAACCUGAGUUGAAGAUAUCAGUUUCUAUUUCGGUACUUAAUAUAACCCAUUAGUUUGGGAAAUUACCAAAUUGAUGCAUCCAAUGACAAAGAACCUUUUGCAGAAACAUUAAUAACCCAUCUUGGUGUUGUCAUGUACUGUAAUAUGGUGUUCAGCAACUCAUGUUAUUUGGAUGCAAUACUAUUGACUUCUUGUUUUUGUGCACCACUUGUAAAUUUCUCAAAGAUA